AUGGCGGACCCAGAAAGAAGGCAACCGCUUUUGUUGGAUGAAGACCUACUCGCAGAAGACCAAGAUGACGAGACAUAUAGUGAUGAGCUACAAAGCUACAGGACAUCGUUGAGCUCGACUGUCACAGACUACAAAUGGACACAUGGGCGUCGUUUUCAUAGCUACCGAGAAGGGACCGACGCGUUUCCAUCUCUCGAAAAGGUCGUUGGAAAUGAUCUCAGUCCCAUACAACCUUCAUGGGUACCCCCCAAUGUCGAAUUCGAGGUUGAUGAUGUUGAGUCCGAGUGGCCAGAGCGACCACCUUUCGAUUUUAUUCACUCGAGAUACAUGUGCGGGUCCAUUUCAGAUUGGCCAAAGUUUCUUCGGCAAGCAUACAGUCAAACUAAAGUUGGAGGCUGGGCUGAAUUUCAGGAUUUCCACCUUGUCAACUACUCCGAAGAUGGCACAUUAAAGGAAGGGAACAAUGUGAACAAAUUUUACGAGCUACUCCGUGAGGCUUGUGAAAAAAUCAAUCGCCCCGUCACUGUUGGUGUAAAUUUGAAAAAAUGGGCGGAAGAUGCAGGCUUUGAAAAUAUUGAACAUAAAGUGUUCCGGCUGCCUCUCGGGACAUGGCCACGAGACCCCAGAAUGAAGGAAAUUGGCGCCUUUAACAUGCUGCAGUUCCUUGAAGGUCUGGAAGCCUUCAGUAUCGCUACGUUUACUCAAGUACUGGGGUGGAGCUAUGAGGAAGUCCAGGUGUUUCUAGCCCUCGUAAGAAAGGACGCAAAGAACCGGCGUGUCCACAUGAUACACGACUUCCACGUUGUGUAUGGACAGCGAGAGAAUCUUGUCAAAGUCACUUGCAUACCACCCAAAAUCCCCGCCAUGGCCAACCCCAAAAUCCCGACUAUCCAGCUGAAUGAUGGAACUGCUUUUCCAAUUAUUGGAUAUGGCACAGGAACUGCCUGGUUCAAGCGCGGAGACAGCCCCGCAGUCAAUCGUGCCCUGGUCGAGACGGUAAAGACCGCUGUGAAACUAGGGUAUAACCAUCUCGAUGGCGCUGAAGGCUAUGGGACUGAGCCCGAAUUGGGUCAGGCUAUUGAGGAGAGCGGGGUUUCUCGAGAUGAGCUUUUUGUGACUACCAAAGUCGGUGCCAGUGUUCGCGACAUUCCGGCCGCCAUCGAUGCGAGCUUGAAAAAGCUAAAGCUCGACUAUGUAGACCUAUUCUUGAUCCACAAUCCGUUCUGGGCAAAUACUGAGGAAGAGCUCCAAGAGGCCUGGGCUGCUGUGGAGAAAGUCAAGGCUUCUGGGAAAGCCCGGUCGAUUGGAGUCUCCAACUUUCUGAAGAGCCACCUGGAGACCAUUCUCAAGACCGCCAAAGUGAUUCCCUCGGUAAACCAGAUCGAGUUUCACCCGUAUCUCCAGCACGGCGACCUGGUCCCUUUCCAGGAGAGCAAAGGCAUCAAGACUGUUAGCUACGGCGGCCUCAUUCCGAUUACGCGUGCUACGGGUGGGCCAUUGGACGCUUUGCUCUCGACUCUCGCGAAGAAGUAUGGGGUGAACGAGUCCGAGAUCUUGCUGCGUUGGUCACUGGAACGCAAAUAUGUGGUGAUUACCACUAGUAGCAAGGAAUUGCGCUUGGCCAGCUAUUUACAGGCUUUGACUUUCGAAUUAACUCCGAAAGAAGUAGAGGAGAUUUCCCACCUCGGCCAGCAGAAGCACUAUCGCGCAUUUUGGGCCGGAAACUUCGCGUCUGACGACCGAUCAUGA